AUUGCUGGUUAUGUGAAUAAAGAAACCAAACCAUAACCAAUGGGCUGUUGAAGUAGGCCCAAAGAAGAACAAAAAUAAAUUUCACAUAAUUUUCUGAUGAUGCAUUGGCAUUUAUGCCGAAACCCCGAAGAAUCAAUGCAUUGCAGCAGCGUUUCAUACGUAAAAUGGUUUUUGACUGUUUCAGCUUUGAGCUUUCUAGUCUUCUAGAUAUAUUUAUGAAGCUUUUGUUUCUUUCUCUCUACUGGUUAAAGGUUAAUCAGUAGUCAGAUGCGGGGCAGCCACGUGUCAACCAAUGAGGUGGAAGCGUAGUGUGGUGGUAGGACCCUUAUGUCCGGAGAAGGGGAACUUUUUAAUUUCAUUUCGAUCACUAGCCCACCAGAUCAACGGAAAGGGUUCAACAGCGACUUACAGUUACGAUCAAGGAGGAGCUGUAGAGCGAACGUAUCGGAUGAACUGACGGUUUGCCAGUGGGAUUAACGAAUUCUCCACUUGCUUCAACCUUAUAUAAAUCUCAUUGAAUUAACUGCUCAAGAUGGGAAUUUUUGAUGGACUGCCUACUCCGCCCGAGAAAGCUUAUUUAAAGGAAGACCUCUUAAGAAUUGAUGAAAGCUGGGCAACUGCACGUUUUGAUUCUUUACCUCAUGUUGUCCAUAUUUUAACAUCAAGGGAUCGUGAGGGCGAAGUCCGGUACUUGAAGGAACAGAAUGAUAUCAUUGAGGAAGUAGUUGACGAAGUUGUGCAUGCUUACCACAGUGGUUUUAAUCAAGCAAUCCAAAACUACUCGCAAAUCUUGCGGUUGUUUAGCGAAUCUGCUGAAAGUAUUGGGACAUUAAAGGUUGAUUUGGCAGAGGCUAAGAAAUUUCUUAGCUCCCGCAAUAAACAAUUACAUCAAUUGUGGUAUCGGUCAGUUACAUUGCGCCACAUAAUCUCAGUGCUAGACCAAAUUGAGAGUAUAGCUAAGGUUCCAGCUCGUAUUGAGAAGCUUAUUGCUGAUAAGCAACUUUAUGCUGCAGUCCAAUUGCAUGUCCAGUCAACGUUAAUGCUUGAAAGGGAGGGACUUCAAGCGGUUGGGGCUCUGCAAGAUGUUUGCUCUGAAUUAACAAAAUUGCAAGGAGUACUAUUUUAUAAAGCAUUGGAAGAUCUACAUUGUCAUCUAUAUAACAAAGGUGAAUACAGUUUAUCAUUUGAUGGUCAUGAUGAUGACAAUGCUUUUGAAAUACUUGAUGGGGCUGCCUUGGAUGGCAUUGCAUCUACAAGGGUUGGUGGUGGUAAUGUCAAGGACAUCAAAUCUGUUUCACAUCAAAUUCCAAUAUGGCUAUCAUGUUCCACUCCUAAUGAAUUUAUUGAAGCAAUUAAGAAAAGUGAUGCUGCUCUCCAUGUGAAGUAUAUGUACACCAUGGUAGAAUGCCUUAGCAUGCUGGAAAAAAUUGCGGCUACUGGUGAUAUAAUAUGCAAAAGGUUACGCCCUACAAUUCGUGAUAUUAUCACAUCAAAAAUAAAAGCACAUGCUCUGACUAUAAGUUCAUCAAGCUCUGGUGUUUCCCACAGUGCUGGAACUGUUAAUUCAGGCUUACAUUACUUGAAAGAACAGUUGGAAAGCUACCCAUUACAGAAACAGAAGCAUCAAAAUGGAACAUUGGAGGCUGCAAAGCUCUUGGCGGUUAGUCCAGUCUCACCGGCAAUGGCUCCUACAGGAGCAGCACAGGCUGCAGCCAAAGAACUUCUUGACUCAAUAUUAGACAUUAUCAUUCGGAUUCUUGAGAACCAUGUUAUUGUUGGUGAGCUUUUGGAAUCCAAAUCGGCACAACAUAGUGACACAACCACUCAGGAUUCACUAACUGGAGACAUGAACUGGAACCCUGAUUCUGAAACAUCCCAAAUCACUGGGGGGUACAGCGUUGGGUCUUCCCUGACUGUGUUGCAGAGUGAAUGCCAGCAACUCAUAUGUGAGAUUCUGAGAGCAACUCCGGAGGCUGCAUCUGCAGAUGCUUCUGCACAAACAGCUAGGCUUGCAAACAAAGUUCCUUCUAAAGAUAAGAGGAAUUGUUCAGAAGAUGGUCUUACUUUUGCUUUCCGCUUUACAGAAGCAACAAUUUCUAUCCCCAACAAAGGUGUUGAUCUCAUUCAUCAAGGAUGGAAUAGGAAGGGAGCAAAUGUACUACAAGAAGGUUAUGGGACUGCUACUGUGCUUCCUGAGCAAGGAAUAUAUCUAGCAGCUUCUAUAUACCGACCUGUGAUCCAGUUUACUGAUAAGAUUGCUUCCUUGCUCCCUCCAAAGCAUUCACAGCUGGGGAAUGAUGGGUUGUUAUCUUUUGUGGAGAACUUCCUGAAGGAUCGCUUCUUGCCUACAUUAUUUGUCGAUUAUCGGAAAGGCGUACAGCAGGCUAUCUCAUGUCCAGCUGCAUUUCGGCCACGAGCAAAUGCUGCUUCUAUCUAUGCCCCCUUGGUUGAGAAGGGACGUCCUGUUUUACAGGGACUUUUAGCUAUUGAUUUCUUGGCUAAGGAGGUGCUUGAUUGGACACAAGCAAUGCCUAAAUAUACUGGAGAACUUGUGAAGUAUGUGCAAACUUUCCUUGAGCGAACUUAUGAAAGAUGUCGUACAUCAUACAUGGAGGCAGUUCUUGAGAAGCUGAGUUAUAUGCUCAUUGGGAGGCUUGAUGUUGAAAAUUUGAUGCGGCUUGAUCCAGCUAGUGCAUAUUUACCAAAUUCAUUUGCUCAACCAGAUGAGGAAAGCAGUGCUUCUAAUGCUGAAACUGUUGAAGCUGAAGCAGGAAUAAGUGACUUAUUGUGGGCCUUGCGGCCAAUCAAGCAGGAGAAUCUUAUCCAUGAUGACAACAAACUCAUUUUGCUGGCAUCCCUCAGUGACUCAUUGGAAUAUGUGGCAGACUCCAUUGAAAGGCUUGGGCAAACGUCCCUAAUAUCAUCAAUGCAAGUAGAUGAGGCCCAUCGGCAUACAAGGACCAGCAGCAUUCCUCCCAGAGAUUUGGAAUCAUUUGCUGAAGAGUAUAGGAAACUAGCAAUUGACUGCCUGAAGGUUCUACAUGUAGAGAUGCAAUUGGAGACUAUAUUUCAUAUGCAGGAAAUGAUGACUAGGGACUACUUGGAUGAUCAAGAUGCAGAAGAACCAGAUGAUUUUGUUAUUUCACUUAAUGCACAGAUAACACGCAGAGAUGAGGAGAUGGCUCCUUUUGUUGCAAAAGUAAGGAGGAAGUAUAUAUUUGGUGGAAUAUGCAGUGUUGCAGCACAUGCAUCGAUUAAGGCUUUAGUGGAAAUGAAAUCUAUCAACCUUUUUGGCGUUCAGCAGAUAUGCCGAAAUUCAAUUGCAUUGGAGCAGGCACUUGCAGCUAUCCCCUCAAUUGAUAGUGAAGCCAUCCAACAGAGAUUAGAUCGUGUUCGAACCUACUAUGAACUUCUAAACUUGCCAUUUGAGGCCUUACUUGCCUUCAUUACUGACCAUAAAUACUUGUUCACAGCAGCAGAGUAUUCUAGUCUUCUAAAGGUCAAGGUUCCAGGCAGAGAGAUCCCUGUUGAUGCAGGGGAACGGGUGUCAGAGAUUCUUUCCCAUUAACCUUUCUUUGUUAGAUGGAUCUAUAUGCAGGGAUCUAGUCGGGCCCCCAUGGUAGGGUUAUGGACCGAGUGUUUUCUAAGAUCCAGUUAUGUCUUCCUAAAGAUGGUGGGAUAAGCAGCAGCAAUCGCUCCAUGGCACUGCUCGACGGUCAGUACUGCCGUUUGAUGCAAUGAGUACAUAUUGCUUAUUUUUUGGAUGUGGAUGAUUUUUCGCAAGUAGAAUUCAUUGUAUACAAUAUCAUUUUGUCUAUGUGAGUUCAUUUGUUUAAUGUACACCCUAUUAAUUAUCACGUUUGAGAACAUAUUCAUAUUAA